CCUCCUUAUCAGAACGGCCACGUCGAAGCUUUGGAUUCCUAGUAACUUGUUGAAAUUCACGUUGUAUUAUGUUGCAUUUGUCCUGCUUCCUGAGCGAAAUAACCGUUACUGCAAAAAGACUGAUGUCUUCUGCGAGUAAGCCUGUGGUUAUAUUCGUCUUGGGUGGCCCUGGGGCCGGCAAAGGUACACAGUGCGAGAGAAUUGUGAAGGAGUAUGGAUAUGUGCACCUCUCUGCGGGUGAGUUACUGAGGGAAGAGAGAAAAAGUGGGUCCAAAGAUGGUGACCUGAUAGAAAAUUGUAUGACGGAGGGGAAAAUAGUACCUGUAGCCAUCACUGUCAGUCUUCUUCAGAAGGCGAUGGCAAAGUCAGAUGUCCAGAAAUUCUUAAUUGAUGGAUUUCCAAGAAAUGAGGACAAUUUACAGGGAUGGGAAAGCCGUAUGAAUGAUAAAGUUGAUGUAAAAGCUGUGCUUUUCUUUGAGUGCCCAGAAGAUAUCUGCAUUGGAAGAAUAAUGUCAAGAGGGCAAUCUAGUGGGAGACCAGAUGAUAACAUUGAAAGUUUGCGAAAAAGAUUUCAUACACAUGAAAAUUCAACAAUGCCAAUAAUUGAGCAUUACAGACGACAAGGACUUGUUAAACCAAUAUCAGGUGCACCCACUCCUGAUGAGGUCUUUUUACAAGUCAAGAGAGUAUUCGAAAGUUUAGGAGAAUAGAAUACUUUGGGUAUUUACUUCAGCAUAGUGUACUGUAUUACAAUACAAAAGACCUCCAUGAAUCAAUCAGAUGUUAUCAACAUUUGCUACUGUACUGUAUGUAUUUUCAUUUUGUAAUUAUAGGGUUUCAAGUUUUGCUUAUUUUAUGUUAUUCUCAGUAUUUAGAAUUAUCGAUAUAUACUAUAUUAAAAAUAUAGUAUAUUAACAAAAUUAUGUUGGCUAGUUCCACAGCUUUGUACAGCAAGGGAACAUACUGAAGUUCAAUCAAAAUAUCCAGAUAAUAAGAUAAUAAUAAUAAGUUCUAUUUGACAGAGAAUAAAACUGAGCUGCUCUUGUGUCAAGUCAAAGACAUGUGAUAUAGAAAGUAUCCACUUACAUUAGUUGUACUUCCAGGCGCAUACCCAGGAUUGGCCGAAGGAGGAUGCGCAGUCUUAGGUUACAUAUGGAAAAGGGAUAGUAUUUGAAAAUUUCUUAAUAAGAAAUGACCCACUUUUGGCCGUCAAGGGGGGUGCUCACGCACCCUGCUCACCCCCUGUGUAUGUGCCUAGCUUCCAUUUACAAUCUGAACAAAAGAAUCUAUUUGCAGUGAUCUAAAUAAAAUAUUGCUCUCUGGUAGUUAUUGACAAUCUUUAUAAAAUGCUACAGAUGGAAACCCCAUUUUAUUAUUUAGGUAUUUUAUUUAAACUCAAUUUUGACACAAGGCUAUGCUUCAUAAAAACCCUCCUUACAUUUUCAUGGUUGUUAUUUUUGUUUGAUUUGUGUUUAAUUGGGCAUGAAAUAAUAUCUAUUUUAAUGUGCGAACUAUUUUAAUAAAAAUUCUAAUAUGCAGAA